ACUGUUCUGGGGAAAAACAAAAACUGGACACUGUUGGUCUAAGUUGGGAACAGAAUGGCUGAGGCAGAACCAUUUUUAGCUGAUGGCAAUCAGGAGUUACUUCCCUGUGAAGUCUGUGGAAGACGCUUUGCAGCAGAUGUUCUGGAAAGGCAUGGACCAAUAUGUAGAAAACUCUUCAACAAAAAACGUAAACCUUUCAAUUCCUUGAAACAAAGAUUACAGGGCACUGACAUUCCCAUUGUGAGAAAGGCUCCUCAAUCCAAGCCUCAGCCUGUGAGGAGAUCUAACUGGAGACAGCAACAUGAAGACUUCAUUAAUGCCAUCCGUUCGGCAAAGCAGUGUACGCUAGCCAUUAAAGAAGGCCGACCUCUCCCCCCUCCACCUCCUCCAACCAUCAACCCAGAUUAUAUUCAAUGCCCAUAUUGUAUGAGGAGGUUUAAUGAAACUGCAGCCAACCGACAUAUUAAUUUCUGCAAGGAUCAGUCUUCUCGCCGAGUCUUUGAUCCAGCCCAAACAGCAGCCAAAUUGGCAUCCAGAGGGCAGGCUAAGGCUCAGAUGAAUCCAAAAAAAGAGCCAACUGUAACCAGUGCUGUGGGAGCCCUGCUACAGAACAGAGCCCUGGGGGCCCCAAAUGUGGCCCCACCUAGACCAGGAUUAGCUGUGGACCCUGCUUCUGGAGCAAAACUCAGACAAGGAUUUACUAAAUCUUCUAAAAAAGAUUAACUCCUAGAGGCCAGACUGUCUCCCUUGAGCAUCUUAGCCUGGAUGGCUAUGCACCCAGGAAUGCCACCUAAGGGGAAGGAAAGGCAGAUGGCUGUUUAUAAGCCUACAACUCUUCUUGAGAAAUCAUGGAGAACAAGUAAAACCCAGAUUCACCUUUUCUUCCUCAUUACUCCCUUUACAAUUUUCAAAACAAUAUUAAACAACAAAUCAA